AUUGUGGGAGGGGCGGCCGGUGCGGCCACGGCUGCCAUCUUAGCAACUCCUGGCGUUGCGGCCUUGUCGUUGGAGGCGGCCUUCGCGGCGGCCCUCGACCUCACGGAGAGACGAGAGAGUCAGCUCGCUGACCAGCUUUCCUUCCCUCGGCCUCGACAGGCCUGCCGGCCCGCGUCCGGAGGCGGAGGCGCGGGUAGCCCGGCACGUGCAGGGCCCGAAGCCAGCGGUUAGUCACAGCGUCGCCCGGAAGGAUGGGCCGGUCUCGGAGCCGGAGCUCGUCCCGCUCCAAGCACACCAAGAGCAGCAAGCACAACAAGAAGCGGAGCCGGUCCCGCUCGCGCUCUCGGGACAAGGAGCGCGUGCGGAAGCGCUCCAAGUCCCGGGAAAGUAAACGGAACCGGCGGCGGGAGUCGCGGUCCCGCUCGCGCUCCACCAACACGGCCGUGUCCCGGCGCGAGCGGGACCGGGAGCGCGCCUCGUCCCCGCCCGACCGCAUCGACAUCUUCGGGCGCACGGUGAGCAAGCGCAGCAGCCUGGACGAGAAGCAGAAGCGAGAGGAGGAGGAGAAGAAGGCAGAGUUCGAGCGGCAGCGGAAAAUUCGGCAGCAGGAAAUAGAAGAAAAACUCAUCGAGGAAGAAACAGCACGAAGAGUGGAAGAGCUGGUGGCCAAACGGGUCGAGGAAGAAUUGGAGAAACGGAAGGAUGAGAUUGAGCGAGAAGUUCUCCGAAGGGUGGAGGAAGCCAAGCGCAUCAUGGAAAAGCAGUUGCUCGAAGAACUCGAGCGACAGAGACAAGCUGAGCUUGCAGCACAAAAAGCCAGAGAGGAGGAAGAACGUGCAAAACGUGAAGAGCUAGAGCGAAUACUAGAAGAGAAUAACCGAAAAAUUGCAGAAGCACAAGCCAAACUGGCUGAAGAACAGUUGAGAAUUGUUGAAGAACAAAGAAAGAUUCAUGAGGAAAGGAUGAAACUAGAACAAGAGCGACAGCGUCAACAAAAAGAAGAACAAAAAAUUAUCCUGGGCAAGGGGAAGUCCAGGCCGAAACUGUCCUUCUCAUUAAAAACCCAGGAUUAGACUGCAAACUCUGAACUUUUUACAAAGAAAUAUGGAAAAACUUUGUAUGGUAGCUUCAUGUUGAAGUGGUUUUUUUUGUUUUGUUUUUGUUUUUUUAAUUUGGAAAAUCUGGAAAGUUAGCUUGUUUUAAUAGGGGCUAUGCUCUACACAGUUCCUUUUUUCCCCCCGCCCCCCCCCCCCCAACCCCCUCUUAACGUCCAUUAAGUCAGAUCCUUAUCAGAUCAUUGGUACCUUCUAAAAAGCGAUCUAUUUUUCACCUGUUGGACUGUUGUGUUAGUGGUCUGAGGAAGAACAGAUCACUGGUAAACUAUGGAUGGUCUGAUAAGGUUUUUACUGACCCACUGACUUUAGAGUUAUACUCUGUUUACUACAUCAUAAUGCUGGUUUUGCUGACUUUUUGUUUUUUUAUAUAUUUAUAAAAAAAGAAAAAGUUGGUGAUUGCAUUGGAAGCCCCAGGGUGUCACUGGACCUUUGUGGUGUAUUGUUAACCAGUGUCUCGUGAUACCGUUGCUCUUGGUGUUCCUGACACAGGUAAGGAAACAGUUGGUCAGCUCUGGUACAAAAUACAUAUACAAUUCAGUAUUGUCUCUGUUCACCUUGUUUUUAUUUCAUUGACAGAAUCAAACCAGCAUUCCCCACUGUGUAAAUAAAUGAUUUUGCUGAAUAAAGUAAAAGUCUUAAAUUCAUAUGUUGAAGCAAUUUUUUUUAAAGUUCUGUUAAGUCUUAAAGAGGGUGGUUUACUUUUUGAUGUCAACAAUCUAGAAAUCCUAGGACUAUGCUAUAUAUUUCUUCUAGCUUAUACUUUUAACAUAGGAUUUAUAUGUACUUUAAAUAUACUUGAGAAUUAGUAUUUAAUGGCUAUUUUUACAAAUACCUAAUUUAUGCUGACACAAGAAAUUAUGGCAGCAGUAUUACCUUUAAGAAAGAUUAAGCACCCAGAAAAAGAUUGAAAUUCUCAAUCCUGCACCUCUAUUUUAGGAUAAUAAGUAUUAUCACCACAAAUUACACUUAAUAAAGGCUAGAAAAAUGCUUCUAAAAUUUACAGUAUCUUAAAUUAUUUUCACAGUGGGCCAUCAGAAAGAACUUAGCUCUGUUCUUUUACAAAAGGCUGAGGUGGUCAGAUCGCCCUCAGUGGAGGGUACCUGCACAUUUAUUUUUGGGAAAACACAUUUCAACUUAAAAGUUUUUCUUUUGUUUUUGCAUGUGGUAUCUUAUAAAUGACUUUUAUACACUAGAAUCUGCCUCAUUUAUCUUUACAUAUGUUUAAGUCAACUGGCAUUACAACAUUUAUUCAAGAAAAGGAGAUGGAUAUAAAAAAGCUGCCUGAGAUACAUAGAUAUGUCAUCAAAGUAGAGAAACCUUCCAAUAUUUUUGAGACAGUUUGACCAGUCUUUUAAAAGGGAAAACAUAA